UAUUCUUUGAUAUCAAUUAUAGCAAGAGAAUUUUUAUUCAACAGUACAUGUCCUUUAGAUUCAUUUUCUGUGUAUAUAAGUUACUGAUAGUGAGUCACAUGUCCUUUGCUAAGCUAAUACACUUCUUUGAUUAUCUCUCUUCUAUGUCACUUACUGGAGAUUUCGGUUUUCAAACCUCUAUGUCUUCUUUUUUCCCUCUUCUUCCUAGAAAUCUAGAUGAGAGAAGAUACCAUCACCAUAAGUUUACUAACUCUUUGUGGGUUUCAUCAGGACAGGAGCUGAUGAGUAACCCUGUACCUUGUCAAGUGUUUCCUCUAGUCUCUGGUGGAAGUUCUUCUGGAUUCUGUAAUGGCACAUACGUUUCCUCACAGACCAGGCAAUCCGUUCCUAAUGUCUCAGUAGAAACACAAUCAUUAUCAGUGAUUAACCAACCUCAGGAGAUGAAAGACAUGAGCUGGCCUGAAGACCAGCUUCAGGGGUUCUUUGACUUUCCUGUUCAGGACACACAAGCAGAGAGCAGCAGAGCUAUGGUCUUAUCCGAGGAAGUGCAUUCAAAAAAUGAAUGGCCAGACUGGGCCAAUCAGAUGAUCUCUGUUGAUGAUGGUCUAGAACCUAAUUGGCCGGAGCUUCUAGGUGAUCCUAAUCAAGAUUCAAAGAUACCAGCACCCUCUAGGCAAGAGAUAGUAGUCAAUACUCAGGUGGAUCCAUCAAAGGAGCAUUUUACUGGUAAGAGCUCAAUGACAUCUAAGCAACGAAUGCGUUGGACACCUGAACUUCAUGAAGCAUUUGUUGAUGCUAUCAAUCAGCUAGGUGGUAGUGAACGAGCCACACCUAAGGCUGUAUUGAAACUCAUCAAUAGCCCAGGGCUGACCAUUUACCAUGUCAAAAGCCAUUUGCAGAAAUACAGAACGGCUAGGUAUAAGCCAGAGAUCACACUAGUAGAUACAGAAAAACCUCCACUGAAGACUUUGAAAACCAUUGAAGAUAUCAAAUCUCUUGACUUGAAGACGAGCAUUGAAAUCACUGAAGCUCUACGGCUACAGAUGGAAGUUCAGAAAAGACUCCACGAGCAACUUGAGGUCCAAAGAACAUUGCAGUUACAAAUUGAGGAACAAGGUCGGUAUCUCCAGAUGAUGAUUGAGAAACAACAAAAGAUGCAAGAGAAGAAAAUAGGCUCAGAAGCUUCUUUAGCUCCAUCACCAAAAGUUAACCCUAAAGCAAUCAGUUUACAACCAUCAAUAAUAACAGAGAGACUACAACAGAGUGGUUUAGGCUCAUUGGAUCAAAGUGGAUCUCCCUCUGGGGCUACUAAGAAACGAGUUAGAGAAGAUUAAUGAAUGACAUAUAUCUUGACUUGCAGAAGAAGUUGGAAGUUAUGACAUUGACCUAGUGACUUGCGCUUGAAGUUUCUUUUUUGUAUAGAAAACGUUGUUUCUGUUGGAACUAAAGUUAGGUUUUGUAAUUUGUAUUUACAAAACGAGUUCGUUACUCUUCCUGUUGGAACUAAAAUUAUCUAUCAGUCUUGAAUUGAGCCAUGGUUAAAUAUGACACAAUUUGAUAAAA